AUGGCUACUUUUGUUGGUCAUUGGGAUGUGGCUACAUUACUAUUGAAGCAUGGAGCGACACCAGCCACAGACCCGCCAAAACACAAUCGCUUUGGCCAUGGUUCCGUACUCCAUGCAGCGGUAAUAGGUAACCAUCUUGUACUUGUUGACCUGCUGCUCAAACGUAGUGCGGAUGGGGGUCAUAGGAAUGGGGAGGGAAAGACGGCAUUCGACAUUGCCGAGCCAAAGGGAUGUGAUUUCCAAACACUCAAGUUGCUAAGAGAAGAACUAACAUUUAAUAAUAGAUGGUAUCCUAUUAUCGGAAGGUAG